AUGGGACACAUUCACGCGGGCCUCACGCCAAGUCUACGCGGCAUCUCCCGGCGUGGCAAGUCCCGAGUCCCCCACGCCGUCGCGAACUCGGACUCGGCUGCAAUACUAACGAGGUCGUGCCUGACCCCUGACGAAUCGCAUGGCUGCAGACCAGGUACACGAUACGCUGGGGACACGAUCUUGGAAUGCUAGUGCUUAAAGUCACGGAUGACCUUCAGGUACGUCGACAACUCUGCUAGACUUGGCGACCCGAUCGUCGCUCUUCGGUCAGUAUCACUGAACGCGAGUCCGGGCUCGGGAAUCGGCAGUGCAUCAAAUUCAAGACUAGGUCGGGCGCGUUCAUAAAGCGAUUCGAAGCAUUCAACGUUGCCAUGCAAACCAGUAUGCACGGCAGCGAACCUUCGGCUUUGGAUCAAAUUGUCCCCGCGGCCGCCCACCACGCCUCAGCCGGAGUCGACCCGAAAGGUAGGUAG